AUGGAUAAGCUCGCAGCGACCAUCGCGGCCUCGGGGGGGCACUACAACUUGAAAGCUUUGAUCAAGGCUAUUCGAUCAUGCAAGACCUUGGCCGACGAACGCGCGGUGAUACAGAAGGAGUCCGCUGCAAUCCGCACCUCGUUUAAAGAGGAAGACACCUUUGCGCGCCAUAACAAUAUCGCCAAGCUCCUCUACAUCCACAUGCUCGGCUACCCGGCACACUUUGGGCAGAUUGAAUGCCUGAAGCUGGUCGCCAGUCCUCGUUUUGCGGAUAAGCGGUUGGGGUACCUGGGGAUCAUGUUGUUGCUGGACGAGAAUCAGGAGGUCUUGACACUCGUGACGAACUCGUUGAAAAACGACAUGAAUCACUCGAACAUGUAUGCCGUCGGUCUGGCACUCUGUACCUUUGCCAACAUCUCGUCAGAGGAGAUGAGCCGGGAUUUGGCGAAUGAGAUUGAGAAGCUCUUGGGGAGUAGCAACUCUUACGUUCGGAAAAAGGCCGCCCUCUGUGCUCUUCGCAUCAUCCGUCGUGUACCCGACCUCAUGGAUCACUUCACCACCAAAGCCAAGGCGCUUCUGCAGGACCGGAAUCACGGUGUCCUGCUCGCUGGAAUCACGCUCGUCACUGAGAUGUGUGCACUGGACGAGGGAGUGUGCAACGAGUUCAGACAAGCCACCGGUCUGCUCGUCAAACACCUGAAAACGCUCGUCACUACCGGUUACUCGCCAGAACAUGACGUUGGCGGCAUCACAGAUCCUUUCCUCCAGGUCAAGAUACUGCGAUUGUUGCGGCUGCUAGGUCAGGGAGAUGCGAGGGCGAGCGAGGAGAUGAACGAUAUACUAGCGCAGGUUGCUACCAACACCGACGCUACCAAAAACGUCGGGAACUCGAUCCUCUACGAGACAGUCUUGACUGUUCUGGAUAUCGAGGCGGAUAGUGGAUUGCGGGUGAUGGCUAUCAAUAUCCUCGGAAAGUUCCUCUCCAACCGGGAUAACAACAUCCGCUACGUCGCCCUCAACACCCUCAUGAAGGUCGUCUCGAUGGACACCCAGGCCGUCCAGCGACACCGGAACACCAUCCUCGAUUGUCUCCGCGACGGCGACAUCUCGAUCCGCCGUCGAGCCCUCGAAUUAUCCUACGCACUCAUCAAUGACCAAAACAUCCGGAUCAUGACGCGCGAGCUGCUCAACUUUUUGGAAGUGGCGGAUAACGAGUUCAAGCAGGGCUUGACGACGCAGAUCUCGUUGGCGGCGGAACGAUUCGCGCCGAAUAAGCGGUGGCAGAUUGAUACGGUUCUGAGGACGCUCAAGCUUGCCGGAAACUUUGUUCGAGAAGAGAUACUAGCGGCUUUCAUCCGCUUGGUCUGCCAUACCCCCGAACUACAGUUCUAUACCGCUCAUCGCCUAUAUUCGGCCUUGUCUGCGGAUCUGUCGCAGGAGACGUUGACUUUGGCGGCGGUGUGGAUCAUCGGAGAGUUUGCGGAUGUCCUGCUUCAAGGUGGGAGCAUGGAGGAUGGCGAGGAAGUCAAACAGGCGACCGACGCAUCCCUUGUCGAUCUCCUAGACCUCGUCCUCAACUCCCCAUACACCAAUACCCUUACACGCCAGUUCGUCCUCACCGCCGCUGCUAAGCUAUCCGCACGGCUCGCCGAGCUCAACACUGCCUCGGCAAGCGCAGAGCAGGACCGGAUUGCCGUGAUGCUCGCUGGGUUCAGCGGGAACCUCGAGCUGGAGAUCCAGCAGCGUGCGGUAGAAUUUGGAAGUCUGUUCAGUCGGGGAGAUGUUCGCGCGGGAGUGCUGGAGCGGAUGCCGCCACCUGAGAUCAGGGCGACUAUCAUGGGCGGAACAGCGAGCGAGAGGAAACCGGUCGGGUCGACACGGACGGACGUGGGCUCGCUUGUCGACCUUAUUGGCGACGAGGCGCCAUCUGCCGGCGGACCAGCUACGAACGGCUCCACCUCCGGACCGUCGACACAUGACCUCCUCGCGGACAUCUUUGGCUCGAGCAGCGACUCUACACCCGCUGCUUCAUCAGCGACGGGCGGAAGCAGCAACGCCAAUGCCGACAUUCUUUCCCUCUUUGGCUCAUCCUCUUCCACACCAGCCACAUCCGGGCCCCCACCACGUCAGCCAGCGCAAUCAUCAGGCUCCAACUCGCUAUUCGACCUCGGUGAUUCUUCAUCCUCCGCUCCUCCCGCUCCGACCCCUGCUCCCGCGCCGGCACCGGCACCGACGCAGCAACGACAGCAAUUGCAGUCGUACCCCGCGUACGAGAAGCAUGGUCUCAAGAUUACGUUGACGCCUCGGACGGCACCGGGGCAGCCGGGGAUGGUGCAGAUUCUGGCGAGGUUUACGAGUUCGGAGGGCGCGCAGGGGGUCAAUUUCCAGGUGGCGGUACCGAAGACGCAACAACUACAAAUGCAGGCUAUGUCGAAUUCGGACGUCGCGCAAGGCGGGACAGAAACGCAGCAAUUGCGGAUAGCGGCGCCUCCAGGCGCUCAAAUACGACUUCGGAUGCGGAUAUCUUUCAGCAAGAAUGGGGAGAAUAUCACGGACCAGGCGGACUUUGCGGGUUUCCCGGCUGAUCUGACGGCUGCUAAGUAG